GCAUAGAAAUCUGAAAGUAGAAGAACAUUUAUUAUUAAUUUAAGAAAAAAAAGAGUUAUGAACCUAUUAAAUUAAAGCUACCAAUAACUUGCUAUUGAAAAUUAUAGCUAGCUUAUUAAAAGCAUAGAUUUUAAUGAAUUAAAAAGUUUAAAAUCCCCAGAUGAUUUCCAUUCAAAAAUUUAUUAGCUUUCUUAGUAGUGGUUACAAAAUUUCCCCUAAUUUAGUGAUUGGAUUAUUUCAGGAAAUCCAAAAGAAAUUCCUUAAGUGAAUAAAUGGUACUUUGUCUCUGAGCAGGAUUAUUCUCAAAGAAAAUUUUUGCAAGCCAAAUUAAAUUUAAAGAUGGCAUCAGACAGCAAUUAAUUGCCUAGUUGGACUCUAUUUGAUAUUAAAAGUUACACUAAAAAUUAAUUUAUGGUAAGAAUCAUCAAACUUAAGAAUAGAUAUGCAGAGUAGAGAUAUAACAUAUAAUAGCUCAAAAAGCAUUAUUUAAUUUAUACAGUUAACUUAGAAUUAGCUAUAAAUAGUUAAACUAUUUCUGAAAAUAGUUAACAUAUAUAAUAUUCUUCAUAGACUGAUUAUUCAGCAUAUGAAAAGUCAUGGGAGUCGUAAAAAAAUUUUGAAGAUAAUUAGUUAGGCGUACAAAAUCAAUAGAAUAAAAGUUUAUAAAGGAAUCCAUAAAAUUAAUUUAUCAAUUAAUCCACAAUAUAAGAAAUGAAUUUGUAAAGAGCUGGUUUUAAAGAUAUUGUAGAUGAAAAAUAAUUUUUUAAAAAUUAUUAAGAUUAUUAGUAAGGCAAUCCAAAUCAAUAGAACUCAAAUUUAUAUAGAACACCAUAAAAUUAGCCUAUAAAGAAUUAGUAAGGAAAAAGUUUUAUUGACAUUGAAGAUGAAAGCAUUGGGAUAUAAUUAGAUGAUCCAAUAAAGCAAUAAUUUAACUAAAGAUAAAAUUUAAAUUAAAUUCUGAUAAACAAUGAACCUAUUAUUCAAAAUACUAACAAAAAACAAAGUAUUUCUGUCAAUUAGACUGAUAUGCAUGAUGAAAGUGAAAUACCAACUUUUACAAAUAAAAAUAUAUAGCAAUAACCAAAUCCAAAUAUGUCUAAGGAUAACGUGGCUUAAAAUACAAUAAAUCACAAAUAAAAUUAAAAUAAUUAACAAAAUAAUAAUUAAAUGCAUUAAACUUUAAAUUCUAACAGUAACAAAGCUGGUGUGUUGAUUGAUAAUAAUUAAAUAGAUCCUUCAAAUGUUAGUUCUUCAGAAGAAUCCUAAGAUUAGAUAAAAACUGAGUAAGAAAAUGAUAACGUAGAAGAAUAUUUAAAGAAAGAAAUAAUUAUUUUGGAUUUGCUAAAUGGUAAAGAUGAAAAGAUAGUACAUUAAAAAAAUAAGCUAAAAAUAAAAAACUAAUUAAUAGAUUAAAAAGAUAAUAUAAUUAAAUAAUUAAAUUAGUCUAUGGCUGAAAAGGAUAAAAGAAUUUUAAUUUUAGAAGAUUAAGUUAUGCUUCUUUAGAUCCAAUAAACAUCUAAAAACUAGCCUGGACAAGGUUUUGAAGAAUAGGUUGAAAUUCUUUUUCAAAAUAAUUAAAAGUAUUUCAAUGUAGCUAAAAAGUAAAAGGAGAUCAUAGACGAAUAAGAUGAAAAAAUAAAAAUGUUAGUUGAGCAAAAUGAGAUAUUACAGCAAGAAAAAGAAAUUUUUGAAUAAGAAAACUCAAAAUUUAAAUAAGAAAUAAUUAAUCUUGAAUAGUCUCAUACUUAAAAUACUUAAAAACUUUAAUAAUCCAUAUAAUAAUUAAAAAAAAAACUUAAAAUACUUGAGAGUAAAAAUCAGUAAAAUAUUAUAAAGUUAAAAAAUAAAUAUUAAAACCAAAGCAAAAGAUACAAAUUGUAAAAAAAAACAUAAUGGCUCAUCAAACAUUAGGUAAUUAAUUUAUAAAAAUCAUUCUAAAUUGUAUAAAGUGAUUAUGAAAAAUCUAAAAAAAAGGAAAAAACAUUAAGCAAAGCUGAUCAAGAAAUCUAAACAGAGCCUUAUAAUUAGCAAUAAGAGCCUUAAUAAAAUUAACCUAAUAUUUAAGAAGUGAUCAUAAAAGAUGAACCACUAAUUAAAAUUAAUAAUACUGAUUCUGAUUAAAGUGAAGUAGAAUCUUUAUAAAAUCAAGAUAUUGAUGAGAAAAUGGAAGAAUAAGAAUAUUCUGCUCAAGAGGAAAAAAACCAGAAUGAAGAAUUGCAAUAAGUUGAUGGAGAGUUUUAAGUAAAUGAUGAAAUGCAUUAAAUAAAUGAUAUUCAAUAGAAUAAUGAAAAAUUACCAAUUAGUAGUUAAAAAGAUAUAUUAAAUUUAAAUACAAUACUUGAUCAAUAAAUUCCUUAAUAAAUUGAUUAAGUAAAAUAAUAAUAAAUAUCUUAGUAAAUUAAUUAAACCUAAACGCAUAUGGUUAUCGAAGAAGAGCCUAUUAAUUAAAAUUUACUUACUGACUAAUAAAUUUUAUAAGAAUACAGUUAGUUUCUUAUUGAAGGAAUGAGUAAGGAAGACUUUAUUUAAAAUAUUAGAUAAAUUCUAUUCUUAGAAUACAUAAAAAAGUAAACCUAAGUGGAUGAAUAAAUUGCUUAAAAAUUAUAGAGAUCUAAAGAAAAUCUUUGA